ACACAUCCGGCUUUUUGGUUGACGUCGUAUCCGGACACAUCUAAGCUAACGUUACCCACAAUACAGAAUUAAAAAAUGAAUCGCUCGUAGCUCUGCGUUUGUCGGACAUGUCCAACUCAUUUGGUCGAUGCGAGGAAGUGUCACCUGCAGUGUUGCGCCGGCUACACCCCGCUCGUCGCCUCUGCCUAGCCGACCGUUUAGCUCCAUAUGGCAGGGGCGGUUUAUUGUUAGCCUAGCUUUAGCCAUGCUCUCGGGCUCCGCUGUCGCUGGUCUUCUAGCUCGCGUCUCGCUUGCGACAGGCAACCGCGGCUACUAGCUAGCUUGGUAGCUAGUUAGCUAAGCGUUUCCUCCGGUGUCAGCAUUCUUUUUUUUUUUUGGUGUUCUCUUCAUUGUGCUUCAACGUUUUUCUCCCGGGCCGUUCGUUUCCCCCCGUUACGUCCCGUGUAACUCGCGGCGCUCUGCGGCAACCGCACCACGUCUGUUUCAACACAAUCAGCUGUUAGCCUAGCCGGCGCGCUAACAGCCGGCAAACUUUGAGAAAACGCCAGUUUGUCAUUGGUGACAGUUGCGUCUGUACGGACGUCGUUUCGGCCCAGGUGGAACACGUGAACUCCUGUGAUUAAAGAAGGGCCCGUCGAGGUCUGCUAUCGCUGUUCUGUUGUUGUUUUGUUUUGUUUUGACCACUCGAAGAGUUUUCUCUUGUUCGGGUCGUGGCCCCGUCGCCUGCCACGAUGGCGUCUUCCUCUGGAAACGACGACGACCUCACGAUCCCCAGGGCCGCCAUCAACAAGAUGAUCAAGGAAACGCUGCCCAACGUGCGAGUGGCCAACGACGCCAGGGAGCUGGUGGUGAACUGCUGCACGGAGUUCAUCCACCUCAUCUCCUCGGAGGCCAACGAAAUAUGCAACAAGUCCGACAAGAAGACCAUCUCCCCCGAGCACGUCAUCAACGCCCUCGAGAGUCUCGGUUUCGCGUCGUACAUCACCGAGGUGAAGGACGUCCUGCAGGAGUGCAAGACCGUGGCGCUGAAGAGGAGGAAGGCCAGCUCCCGACUGGAGAACCUGGGCAUCCCCGAGGAGGAGCUGCUCAGGCAACAACAGGAACUGUUUGCCAAGGCGCGGCAGCAGCAGGCGGAGCUCGCCCAGCAGGAGUGGUUGCAGAUGCAGCAGGCCGCCCAACAGGCACAGAUGGCGGCAGCGUCCGCCAGCGCUGCCCAGCAGGCAGGCUCCUCUCAGGACGAAGACGAAGAAGAUGACAUGUGAGCCCAGGGACGCCCACUUAACUUGUCCGAAUCCCACCCCCCCUGGGGACAGCGUUGGCUCUCAGACCUCCCCCGGUAUCGUCACCGGGCAGAGACGUGAAACGUGUUUCACCUCCUUGGAACAAGGGAAAUGCACAUUUUGGAACGGACAGUGACCAGGACGAAGAAGGGGGAAUUUUUAACAUGGCCAACCAUUCAGAUAUCAGUACCUGAAGAUGAUUUGGAUUGAGACGCUGUUAAUGAGGUUUUUGAUUAGUCUCAUCUUCACCCCCUUUUCCCCCGCAGUGGCUUCUGUUUAAUUGUCUCGAUAUUAUGUUGUGAGUAUUUAGUAGAAUUCUGGAAUUCUGUUGUUGACACUCUGAAGAAAGCCGUUGCCUCGGAUAUUUUUGGUGAAAUUCUGGUGCAGCAAGUGUUCACUCCUGCGGGUACCUCGCCAGAUCGCUUAACUUUUGUUUUCCAUUUGACAUAAAUCACGUUGGUGGUUCAGGAGAAUUUGUUUAGGAAUAUUUUUUUUCAGAGCUGUCAUUCCUCCUACCCUGUGGUUCGACAGCCGUUUUUACAGAGAGGCUUUUCUUUGCCUCCGUCUAGUUAUAUUUGUUCAAGAGGAUCAUUUGACGGGUUGUAAAUAUUGGAAUUUGGUUUUGGUUUUUUUGUCAAGUAGAGAAUCAAAUUAAUGGACAUUUUUGCUUAAUUUUAGCCGAGUCAAAUAUUUUAUGUUGCGUUCUCUUCUGCAUUGAACCACCCACAGUAUUGCUAAUGAGCCGCCGCACCUCCAGAAAACAGAAUAUUUUCGUCUCACAGAGCCAAAGACAGAUGACAGACUAAACAGCUCAGACUUAAAGUUUUUUGUUGUUGAUUUUUUUUAAAGGUGUAGGUGCUACUGUGAUUCUCGCUGCUGACUCCAGGUCAGGGUAAAUGUUAUUAAGGAUUAUCGACCUUUGAUCAUUGUAAGAGGCUUCGACAUCCCCGCUGAAUUUGUUAUUUCCCCUCUGCUCGGUGCAGUGUCAGACAUUGUGACCGUGGUCAGCUCUAAAUGUAGAGAAGUUACCUAGUUGUGAUGCGCAUUCUUCAAAGUUGUAUUCUUUCAGCAAUAAAGGAAUCACGUUUUA